GCGGAUCUCCAUCCCGGGACGCAGCCCCCCUACACAGCUGCUCCAGAAAGAGGAGUGACGAGUGGUGUGUGCAUCACUCAGCCACCAGCGAUCUCCUACAAGUGCAGCACAUAGAGAAGAAGGAGGCACGUCGGGCCAGCGCUGGACAUGUGCGAGGAAGAGGCUCUGACCCCGCUGGUGGAGAGCUGAUCGCAGCACACACGGGGACACGGAUCGCUCCAGGAGCACGCUCCGCACCACUUUUGGGGACAUCGAUCGCUCGGAAGCGCGUUGGAGGACAUUGAUCUCUCCUGGAGCACAGUGAUCUCUUCCAUUACCCAGAAGGAAGGAUGCAGCCCUGACUUUCCCACCCGUGUUUUAUUAUCUGAGUCUUGUGUGAAUUGCAGGCAUGGAGAUCCCCGCAUCGCUCUUCAGAUCUACCCUGCUUCUACUACUAGGAGUGUGCCACUGCUCUGGGAUCAGCUCCAUAGACACCGAUCGGACUGGGGAAGGCAAAUGUCAAACCAUUGAGAUCCCUAUGUGUAAGGACAUUGGCUAUAACAUGACAAGGAUGCCUAAUCUGAUGGGACAUGAAAACCAGAGGGAGGCAGCCAUCCAGCUGCACGAGUUUGCCCCACUGGUGGAGUAUGGCUGUCAUGGUCAUCUGAAGUUCUUCUUGUGCUCCUUGUAUGCUCCCAUGUGUACUGAGCAGGUGUCCACCCCUAUCCCAGCCUGCAGGGUCAUGUGCGAACAAGCCAGGCACAAGUGUUCCCCAAUCAUGGAGCAGUUUAAUUUUAAGUGGCCAGACUCUCUUGACUGCAGCAAAUUGCCUAAUAAAAAUGACCCCAAUUACCUGUGCAUGGAAGCCCCCAAUAAUGGAUCUGAUGAGGCCCCUAGAGGGUCAAGUAUGCUGCCUCCUAUAUUUAGGCCAAGACCUAAUAGUGGCCACGACCUACAACCUAAGGAUAUUCCGAGCAGAGCGACCUGCGAAAACUCAGGAAAGUUUCACCAUGUGGAGAAAAGUGCGUCUUGUGCCCCGCUUUGUACAUCUGGAGUUGAUGUAUACUGGAGCAAGAAUGACAAGAAGUUUGCCUUCAUCUGGAUUGCUAUAUGGUCCAUCCUGUGCUUUUUCUCCAGUGCUUUCACCGUCCUCACUUUCCUUAUAGACCCCCAACGCUUCAGGUACCCAGAGAGGCCUAUCAUUUUUCUGUCCAUGUGCUUCUCUGUGUACUCUGUAGGAUACAUCAUUCGACUCUUCGCUGGGGCUGAUAGUAUCGCUUGCGACAGGGACAGUGGACAACUUUAUGUUAUCCAAGAGGGCCUGGAAAGCACUGGUUGCACUAUUGUGUUUCUCAUCCUCUAUUACUUUGGCAUGGCGAGCUCUUUAUGGUGGGUCAUUUUAACGUUGACAUGGUUUUUGGCUGCAGGGAAGAAAUGGGGACAUGAAGCUAUCGAAGCGAACAGCAGUUAUUUCCAUCUAGCUGCCUGGGCUAUCCCAGCUGUGAAGACCAUCAUGAUCUUGGUGAUGAGGAGAGUAGCUGGUGAUGAACUGACUGGGGUCUGUUAUGUGGGAAGCAUGGAUGUCAAUGCUCUGACGGGCUUUGUGCUUAUUCCUUUAGCAUGCUACCUCAUAAUAGGCACCUCAUUCAUCUUGUCUGGUUUUGUGGCCCUCUUCCAUAUCAGGAGAGUGAUGAAAACCGGAGGGGAGAAUACUGACAAACUAGAGAAACUAAUGGUCCGAAUUGGGGUCUUCUCAGUCCUCUACACUGUUCCUGCCACCUGUGUCAUUGCUUGCUACUUUUAUGAGCGACUAAACAUGGACUACUGGAAAAUACUAGCCACGCAGGAUAAGUGUAAGAUGAACGCUCAGACUAAGACCUUAGACUGCACUAUGACAAACUCUAUCCCAGCAGUGGAAAUAUUCAUGGUGAAAAUAUUUAUGUUGUUAAUAGUGGGUAUCACCAGCGGGAUGUGGAUAUGGACUUCUAAGACCUUACAGUCCUGGCAGAAUGUUUUCAGCAAGCGAUUAAAGAAAAGGAUCAGGCGGAAACCUGCCAGUGUCAUUACAAGUACAGGAAUCUACAAAAAGACUCAACAGCCACAAAAAAUCCACCAUGGAAAGUAUGAAUCGGCCUUACAGCCCCCGACCUGUGUAUGAUAUGAGCGGGCAAAGGGGACUGAUUGUUAGAAAUCGCACACUCUAGCAAAGCCAGCUCUGAACUUUGUGUCUUAGUCACCACAAUGCAGCAUGCCAAGGUAAAAUCACUUUACAGAAGUCGUAAAGAGAACUUGAGUUUUAUUUAUCCUGUGGAUAAAUAGAUUUGCCUGGCUUAAAGGGACAUUAUGGUAAAUGCCCUCUUACAGUACUAAUUUGUUUGGUAUUAUGUGUAAUCCUAAUUAGGUUGAAGUUUACUAGUUUGGCUUAGUGAUGUCCACAAAUUAAGGGGGUAGUUUAGUUUAGGGAGUCUACAAAACUCAGUGGGCUUUAAGGACUCAAGGGAAAUUGGGGUUAUUUGAAAUUCCACCCACUAGUCGAUAAUCUUCCAAACUUUCUCUAAAGCUGGAUUGUACGGUUUCCUUUAAACUAACCAAAAUCUAUGUAGUGGAAGGACCUUCCUAGACAGUUCUCUAAUUUGAUUCGAUCUAGUAGGCCGUUGCACUAGCCGUUGGUAAAUUUAAAGGAGGGCGUACUAUUCGAUUUUAAUGUGUGUGUGGCCAGCUUAAAGCGGGAGUUCACCCGAA